CCUCGUCCUCUACCUAUCACAGUUCUUCUGCCAGCAUACUUUGCUCUAUAGCUAAGCUCUCUAGCUGCACUUAUUACAGCUUCUAAUAUCAGCUUCUGUCAUCUUCGCCACAAAGGAACCAACAAUGUCCGGCAUCAUCAAAGUGUUUCUGCUUCUGGCUGUCACCGUCUGCGUCUCUAAAGCCCACACUUACGAAACAGGACAGCAGUGUCUGUGCCGAAGUGUCAGGCAGAGUCUUGUGAAGUCUGCAACAAAGGACAUCCAGAUCUACCCAGCAACCAUUUUCUGUGACAAAGUGGAGAUUGUUGUCACCACCAACGCGGGCCUUCGCUAUUGCCUGAACCCCAACUUGAAAGCAGUGAAAAAGCUCCUGGCUAACGUCAUAAACAAACAAAGCCAGAUCCAAACCUCUACUCCCAGACCAACUGAGAACGCUUCUACCCCAGGCAGCACCGACACAGCUCGCAUCUGAAUCUCUUUGACUCUUUGGAUCGAUAGAACGCUCAGAUGACCUCUGACCUAAAAGCACCUUGAAUUAAUGUAUAUGUGCAAUGAGUGAAGCUGUCUGUCUGUCUUGUUUGUAAUGUAUUUAUCUUUAUUUAUACUGAUGUGUGCAAUACAUCUCCGUUUCGACAUGUUGCAAAAGCUUUUCUGAAUUUUGCUGAUGUCAGUUGUUGUUUUUUUAUUCAGAAUAAAACAAAAAUCAAAGAA